GCCCAGGGCACAGGCUGGCCGGCGGCCAACUGCCGUCCUCUGGGUCGCUGCGGGUGCAGCCUGGCUGGCCUGUCCUCCACCCUUUCCGCCCACUGGAAAGCUGCAUCUCGUUACCCGGCCAAGGGGUGGAGCCCCGGGCCGCAGGGAGCACCUCCAGUGACCGGGACCGGACUGCGCUCCAAAGAGGCCGUUGGGCCUGGAGUGGGGUUGGGGGUCUGAGAGGAGUUGGGUGACAUCCCCACUCCAUCCCGGGUCCAGCUGUUGGGGUCGCUCUCAUUGCGCCGAGACCAUCACACCCAUCCCGUCCUCUGGCGCGUCCCGUGCUGCGCCCAAACCUUACGAUAAGCCCCGCCGGGAGCGCGCCAUAGGCUGGGGCGCGUCACGGGGCCCAGGCCGGGGCGGGCCGGGGCGGGUCGGAGUCCAGACGUCGGGAGCGGGAUGGCGGCGGAGCAGGACCCCGAGGGGCGCGCGGCGGCGCGGCCGCUGCUAACAGACCUCUACCAGGCCACCAUGGCGCUGGGCUAUUGGCGCGCGGGCCGGGCGCGGGACGCCGCCGAGUUCGAGCUCUUCUUCCGCCGCUGCCCGUUCGGCGGCGCCUUCGCCUUGGCCGCCGGCUUGCGCGACUGUGUGCGCUUCCUGCGCGCCUUCCGCCUGCGGGACGCCGACGUGCAGUUCCUGGCCUCCGUGCUGCCCCCAGACACGGACCCCGCGUUCUUCGAGCACCUUCGGGCCCUCGACUGCUCCGAGGUGACGGUGCGGGCCCUGCCCGAGGGCUCCCUCGCCUUCCCAGGCGUGCCGCUGCUGCAGGUGUCCGGGCCGCUCCUGGUGGUGCAGCUGCUGGAGACGCCGCUGCUCUGCCUGGUCAGCUACGCCAGCCUGGUGGCCACCAAUGCUGCGAGGCUUCGCUUGAUCGCAGGGCCAGAGAAGCGGCUGCUAGAGAUGGGCCUGCGGCGGGCUCAGGGCCCGGACGGGGGCCUGACGGCCUCCACCUACAGCUACCUGGGCGGCUUUGACAGUACCAGCAACGUGCUAGCGGGCCAGCUCCGAGGUGUGCCGGUGGCCGGGACCCUGGCCCACUCCUUCGUCAUUUCCUUUUCAGGCAGUGAGCUGCCCCGUGACCCGAUGUUGGCGCCAGCGGCUGGGGAGGGCCCUGGGGUUGACCUGGCGGCCAAAGCCCAGGUGUGGCUGGAGCGCGUGUGUGCCCACCUGGGGCUGGGGGUGCAGGAGCCACACCCAGGUGAGCGGGCAGCCUUUGUGGCCUAUGCCCUGGCCUUUCCCCGGGCCUUCCAGGGCCUCCUGGACUCCUACAGCGUGCGGAGGAGUGGUCUCCCCAACUUCCUGGCAGUCUCGCUGGCCCUGGGAGAGCUGGGCUACCGGGCAGUGGGCGUGAGGCUGGACAGCGGUGACCUGCUGCAGCAGGCCCAGGAGAUCCGCCAGGUCUUCCGAACCAUUGCUGCCCAGUUCCAGGUGCCCUGGCUGGAAUCAGUCUCCAUCGCGGUCAGCAACAACAUUGAUGAGGAGGCGCUGGCACAACUGGCCCAGGAGGGCAGCGAGGUGAACGUCAUUGGCAUUGGCACCAGUGUGGUCACAUGCCCCCAACAGCCUUCCCUGGGCUGCGUCUAUAAGCUGGUGGCCAUGGGGGGCCAGCCACGAAUGAAGCUGACGGAGGACCCUGAGAAGCAGACGUUGCCUGGGAGCAAGGCAGCUUUCCGGCUCCUGGGCUCUGACGGGUCUCCCCUCAUGGAUGUGCUGCAGUUGGCAGAAGAGCCGGUCCCACGGGCUGGGCAGGAGCUGAGGGUGUGGCCUCGAGGGGCUCAGGAACCCUGCACUGUGUGGCCAGCACAGGUGGAACCACUGCUGCGGCUCUGCCUCCAGCGGGGACAGCUGUGUGAGCCACUCCCAUCCCUGGCAGAGUCUAGAGCCUUGGCCCAGCUGUCCCUGAGCCAACUCAGCCCGGCGCACAAGCGGCUGCAGAGCCCGGCACAGUACCAGGUGGGGGGAUGCCCACCCUGGUGUCCUGCCCUGGGUGCCCUCACCCUCCCACCCACCUCUCCCCUCCUCUGCUCCCUGCAGGUGGCGCUGUCGGAGAGGCUGCAGGCCCUGGUGGACAGUCUGCGUGUGGGGGCGUCCCCCUGAGUCUUCCAGCGGGGCUGCCUGGAAGCAACAAGAGUCACUCACUAACCCCA